GAAAUUUUUAUAAAAUUUUCCAACUUUUAGUGAAAAUGAAAUUAUUAUCGAUUCUAUUAUUGAUAAUUUUUUGCUAUUGUUUUGUUAACAUCGUUUAUGGAAUCAAACAGGUUCAUAUUUCACUUGGAACCGAUGAAACUGAAAUGAUUGUUACAUGGAUCAAACCAAAUAAACAUUAUUAUCAUUCUAGAUUCAACGCUAGUGUUUAUUAUGGCAAAUCAAAAACAUCAUUAAAUCAAACAGUAAAAGCAAAAUCUAAAUAUUUUAAAGAUGGUAAAACUAGAUAUACUACAUUUCGUGCAUUGAUGACUAAAUUGAAACCAGGAACUAAAUAUUAUUAUAGAAUUAAACUUGAUAGUAAAAAAUCAUCAUUAUUUAAAUUUAAAACAAUGAAAAAUGAUGAAAAUUUUUUGCCGCGAUUUGCCAUCUAUGGUGAUUUAGGUUAUCGAAACGCCAAAUCAAUGCCAUAUUUGAAAAAAGAUGUUCAUAAAAAUUUAAUAGAUGUUAUAUUUCAUAUUGGUGAUUUUGCCUAUGAUCUUAAUAGUAAAAACGGUAGAAUUGGACAUAAAUUUAUGAAAUUAAUUGAACCGAUUGCAUCGAAAGUUCCAUAUAUGACAUGUCCGGGUAACCAUGAAAGACAUGAUAAUUUUAGUCAUUAUGAUUCAAGAUUUUCAAUGAUUGGUGAUCGUAGUCAACCAAUUCAUUCAGAUCCAAUAAACAAACGUUUAAAUAAUCAUUUUCACAGUAUGACUAUUGGACCGGCAACAAUCAUAUUGUUUUCGACUGAAUAUUAUUAUUAUACGAAAUAUGGUUGGCAACAAAUCGAACAUCAAUAUCGAUGGUUAGAACAAGAACUAAAACUGGCUAAUGAAAAUCGUCAAAAACAUCCAUGGAUUAUUGUUAUGGGUCAUCGACCAUUUUAUUGUGUUAAAGUAGUUGAUAGAUCUUGUGAUAAUCAAACAAUGGAACGAAAAGAAAUUCGUCAAGGUAUCCGGAUGUAUGAUAAAGGUGAACGACACUAUGGUCUGGAAGAUUUAUUCUUCAAAUAUGGUGUCGAUAUUCAAUUCUAUGGACAUGAACAUUUGUAUGCACGGUUUUUUCCAAUUUAUAAACGAAAAAUGUAUAAUGGAACCAAAUCAAAUAAUCCAUAUGAUCAUCCAGGUGCACCUAUUCAUAUUACAACAGGUAGUGCUGGAAGUGUAAAAUCACAUCCAGUAUCUCAUCAAUCAGAUGAUUGGGUUACAAAAUAUUUGGAGGAUUAUGGUUAUACUAGAUUAAUGUUUGAAGAUAAAUAUCAUAUACGUUUACAACAAAUUUCGAUUAAUCAGCAUGGAAAAGUUAUGGAUGAAAUUGAAAUUCUAAAAAGUACACCCGAACCACAUUGGAUGAACGUUGUACAUCAAUGAAUCGAUGAUGAUGAUAAUGGAAAGGCUAUGGAUGAAAUUGAAAUCAUCAAAAGUUCAUCAAAACCGAAAUGUAUGCGUGGAUUUUGAACAGUUAUUUUCUUGCAAGUUUAUUACAUCUUUUUAAAAAAACUUGGA